UCUCCUUCACUCCCAAAAGCAAAAAAUUAUAGAAUUCUCUGAUACGAAGUUAAAAUGGCUGAAAACAGAGCUCAAGACCAACAAGUUCAUCCCCUUCCUAAGAGUUACAAUUACAAUGAUGCUUAUGCCGUUCACGAUCAAGAGUCGGGCACAGCGCAGUCCAAAGAGUUUCGCAAAAAGAAACGUGUUAAAUGUUUGGCAUACAUUUUGGCAUUUGCAGUGUUCCAGACAGGUAUCAUACUGAUCUUCGCGCUAACCGUUAUGAAAAUACGGACCCCAAAAUUCCGGGUCCGGAAUGCCACGUUCGAGAACUUUGACGUCGGAACACCCGCUAAUCCGUCCUUCAACUUGAGAAUGAAUGCUGAAAUUGGUGUCAAGAAUGCCAAUUUCGGGACAUUCAAGUUUGAAAGCGCUCCGAUUGUUUUCUUGUACGAUGGAAGCCCUGUUGGACAGGGGAUUGUUCCUGCUACACAAGCUGGGUGGCGAACCACCAAGAAAUUGAAUGUUGUGGUGGACCUGUCAUCGGGAAUUUUGGCCAACAAAACGCAGCUUGGAAAUGAUAUUAGUUCUGGGAUUUUGGAGUUGAACGCUUUGUCCUCACUGACCGGAAAAGUAAGGCUGACGUUUGUUUUCAAGAAGAAGAAAACCACCAACAUGAACUGCACCGUUGCUAUUGGUUUGACUGAUCGAACCAUCCGAGAAAUCAACUGCCAAUGAUUAAUGAUGGGAUAUGUUUGGAUGGAUGAUGGUUUAUUUUCUUAUGGUUUUUUAUUUUUUAUUUCCAUUUUGCAAUCCAUUUGGUAUUGUUCUCGUGUUAUUUAUGUAGCUCUGUAAUUUAUUUUCCGUGAUUUUUUAUUUUUGCCCAUAUCUUGCAUUAGUCUACUGUGUUUGUUUUUGGAUGUAAA